AUGGCAACGGGCGGUAGCAGUGGUUUGAAACAAGCGUUUGAUCAAUUUGCCAGAUUUGGUAAAUCAGAAUCUCAACUUAAGGAAAAAGAUAUUCGAAUUGAAUCCAAAAAUGUUCAAAAACUAAUGAAAGAAGCUGGUGUUGUCGAUGGAAAAUAUACAUCGCAAUUACUGGAUAAUGAUAUGGCUCGUGUUCUUGGUAAACUUACAAGUUCGGGAACUUAUACAAAGGGCAUUAAAACAUUUGAAUUCCAAGGUUUCAAACAACUUGUUGAUCAAAUAGCUGAAUCCAAAAAGACAUCGGCUGAUCAAAUUCUUGCGCUGAUUAGUUCAGUUGGUGGUCCGAGUACAUCAAAUACUACAGGAGUUGCUAAUGCGAAUACAACUGCUCGUAUGACUGAUACAAGUCACUACACAGGUGCACAUAAAGAACGUUUUGAUGAAUCUGGUCAUGGAAAAGGAAAAGAUGGUCGCACUGAUGUAGUUAGCAAUUCAGGCUAUGUUGGCGAGUAUAAAGGAGCAGGAACAUAUGAUAAAAAGCAUUAA